AGUGUGACUGUAGUGACAGUGUAAAUUGUUUGUGAAAAUAUAAUGCAGGCUGUUUCCAAACAGGCCUUUUAGGAGGCGGAGUCUUCUACUAGAUGAGUUAUAUACUUGGGCAAUAUAGGAGUGAGAUAAGAAGCGGCUGGCGGACCAACACAAGAGAGAUUAAAUAGCAAGAUUACAGGGUGUGUGAACAUGGCAGGGAGGGGACAGAUUUCCUUCCAGGUAGUCAGUGAAUGUCACAUGGGCCUGCUAAGUACAGAGACUGAAGUGUGAGUCCCAAGUGUGAGCUUGGGAGGAAAGCCAUGGAUGAGGGGGGUCCCAACCCAUGAGCUUACCAUCUAGCGGGGGAUGAUGGAAGCAAAUAAACACCCAGGAAACAAUCUGAGAAGUUCAAAGCUGUGAACCAAUAAUGUGCUUAAGUAGGUCUCCACUGCUGAUGAAGCAGUGACCCAAAGUGUCCAACCCCCCGACAGCCAUCUGCCUCGCAGCCAUAGUCCACAUUCCCAUGUCCUGCCUGCCCCAGGACGGUCCCUGCGCAGCCUCCAGGCCCCACUCUGGGGACGAACACGAGGCCAGGACCCUAGCGUGCCCAAUGAUGUCCCCAGCCUAGCUCCUCUCACACUGGUACCAUGCAGCACAACUCCGCCAACAACUCCAGCCUUGCUUCCCAGUGCCCUGACUACCGGAACACCCACUACCUGCACAUGGUGGUCUACAGCCUGGUGCUGGCCGCAGGGCUUCCCCUCAACGGGCUGGCCCUCUGGGUCUUCCUGCGCGUGCUGCGCAUGCACUCCGUGGUGAGCGUAUACAUGUGCAACCUGGCAGCCAGCGACCUGCUCUUCACCCUCUCGCUGCCCCUGCGCAUCUCCUACUACGCCCUGCACUACUGGCCCUUCUCUAACCUCCUGUGCCAGACUGCGGGCGCCAUCUUCCAGACGAACAUGUACGGCAGCUGCAUCUUCUUGACUCUCAUCAACGUGGACCGCUACGUGGCCAUCGUGCACCCGCUGCGGCUGCGGCACCUGCGGCGGCCCCGCGUGGCGCGGCUGCUGUGCCUGGGCGUGUGGGCGCUCAUCGCCGUGUUCGCCGUGCCCGCCGGCCUGGUGCACCGGCCCUCGCCCUGCAGCUACAACGGCGGCCAGGUGCACCUGUGCUUCGAGAGCUUCGGCGACAUGUGGCAGAACAGGCUACUGUGGCUCCUGCUGCUGGCCGAGGCGCUGGGCUUCCUGCUGCCCCUGGCGGCCAUGCUCUACUCGUCGGGACGGGUCUUCUGGACCCUGGCGCGGCCGGACAGCACGCGGAGCCGGCGGGGGCAGAAGACCGUGCGCCUCCUGCUGGCCAACCUCGUCAUCUUCCUGCUGUGCUUCGUGCCCUACAACGCCACGCUGGCGGUCUACGGGCUGCUGCGGGGCAACGUGGUGGCGGCCGGCAGCGAGGUGCGCGACCGGGUGCGCCAGGCGCUCAUGGUCAUGGUGCUGUUGGCCGGCUCCAACUGCGUACUGGACCCGCUCGUGUACUACUUCAGCGCCGAGGGUUUCCGCAACACCCUGCGCGGCCUGGGCACUCCGCUCCGCGCCAGGACCUUGGCCACCAACGGGGCUCAGGGAGGGCACGCCGAACGGUCCACCGAGGGCACCCUCAUCACCGGUCCGGCUACCGCCAACCAAAAGCUGCUCCAGCCUUCCAGCUUUGGGACGCCCUUGACCCAGCGCCGCGAGGACUCGAUCCUGUGAAUGCACUGCGUACGAUUGCGCAGUCACCCCCACCUCCCAGGCCCCCCGCUCCGCUCACACGCGCACGCUCGCAGGGUAUUGUACAUGAGGGAAGUGGGAUGGGCACUUGGACUUCUGGGCAGCAACUCCUGCCCGUAAAUGCACAAGAGAACAAAUUGUGGCCAGCCUGGGGCACAGGGAAGGAAGAAGAGUGCUGGUGGAAAUGCCUUCUUUGCUUUGGUGGUGAUGGUGAGCGUGGGGCGAAUCCCUGGCCCAGUGAGGAGGGAGUGACGCUGUGAGCUCCCUCAUUGCAUAGGCAGACGACUGGAUGACAUGCCCUUAGUGUGUGGGCAUGAAACAUUAUGGAAGGCUGGUAGAUGGAGCAGAAAAUGAGUGUCCUGGAUUUAGACCAACCACAGCAGUCUCAGUGCCUCCAAUGCUACCCACUCUCAUUUCCACUUGGCCUUGCGCUGCCCAGCGUGAAGCCAUGAGACACUGACAGAAUCUGUUUCAUUCUUGGUUAGUAACUUGUAACAAUUUAGACCUGACACCCAGCAUGGGGUGGUUGGGGGCAGGACAAAACUGUGAGUUAGAGGAUGUUUUCCCCCCCAGAUGCUGGUCUCUGUAGGCCUUUCUAGGUGUCCUUUCUCCUUCCACUCCGCCCCUUUCCAGACCUCCUCCAUUCUAGGUCCUAAAUUCUCUCUCUCUGCCUCUGGCCCUUCAUCUAGAAUAAGGGAGAAAAUUUUUUGUACGAAAUUAACAGUUCUCCCCAACUUUGCUCUCAGACCCUUUUACAACUCUUAACAAUAGAGGACUCCAAAAAGCCUUUGCUUAUACCUUACCUUUUGAUAUUUAACCGUAUUAGAAAUUAAAACUCGUUAAGUCCUAACAAUGUAACACACAAGCACACAUUCCAUUAGCUUUGAGAGCAAUAAUGUCAUCACACUUCACGAAGCCUCUGGAAAACUCCUGUGAACAAGGAGAUUGCAUAGGACAAACAACAUUGGUGGGAGUAAUAUUCCAAAAAUAACUUUGACCUUGUGGACAUCUAAGAAUCAGUAUUAGAGUUCAUGUGUAACGUCUUCCCAGGGCAUAUGUAUACAUUGUUUUUUUUAUUAUUGCAGGAACAGAGAAAUGCUCCACAAAUCAAUUGCUAAUUCUAGUCCCAAAGGCUUGAGGGUUUGCAGGGGUAGAUUGGAGCUGCACACCCAGUGCAACAUUACUUUGGCUUCCUGGUGCGGGUGGGGCAGCUCUGAGGUGGGGGUGAACUAGUCUCACAAACACUCGGAGGAGGGGUGGGGCUUCUCUUUCCCCGGGGAAGGGAAAAGGGAACUGUUGCCACAGCCAGCAAAGAAGUUUCCAGGGACAUAAGAGUGCAACGGAGGACAGGAAUAAGGUGUCUGUUCUUAGCAAGCUGGGGGCAAGGAAAUGGAAGACUGAUGAAUGGACCACCUACUGUUUCCUUCUUCCCUCUUUACUUGGAGUAGGGCUGGGAGGGGUUGCGGAGUUGAGACUGCAUAAGUGAGGAAGUUGCAGCCAUGCGUGUGUCCUGUAUGCAUUUCUGUCGCUAGGUCUCUCAAUGGCGUGUGUGUGUGUGUGUGUGUGUGUGUAUGUGUGUGAGGGUUUUCCUGUGUGUGUCUCUGCGUGUUUU